AUGAACAGCAACGGUGCGAGUUCUGAUGGCCCAAAAAGAAAAGUAGCAUUGAUUACUGGAAUAACAGGACAGGAUGGUUCUUAUUUGGCCGAGUUCUUAUUGUCAAUGAAUUAUAUAGUUCAUGGAAUUAUAAGAAGAUCAAGCACGUUUAAUACUGGUAGGGUAAACCAUAUUUACGAAAAGAACAAGUUAUUGCCCGAAAAAACGUUUUUUCUUCACUAUGGUGAUAUGACUGAUAGUUCUUCAUUGAUCAAAAUAAUCAGUAAAGUAAUGCCUGAUGAAAUAUACAAUUUGGCCGCGCAGUCCCAUGUGAAGGUCUCUUUCGACCUUAGUGAAUAUACUGGUGAAGUUGUUGCUCUUGGUACAUUACGUUUGCUGGAUGCUAUUAGGACAUGUAAAUUAGAAAAAACAGUUAAGUUUUAUCAAGCUUCCAGCAGUGAACUGUAUGGGAAAGUCGUGGAAACGCCACAAAGUGAGAAAACACCUUUUCACCCGAGGUCACCGUACAGCGUUGCCAAACUGUACGCAUAUUGGAUUGUGGUAAAUUAUCGGGAGUCUUACGGAAUGUUUGCAUGCAAUGGAAUUCUAUUCAAUCAUGAAAGCCCCCGGCGAGGAGAAACAUUCGUUACUCGAAAAAUUACACGUGCAGUUGUACGAAUUAAAAAGGGUCUACAGAAUGUUUUGGAAUUAGGUAAUUUAAAUUCUGAGCGUGAUUGGGGAUUCGCUGGUGAUUAUGUUAAGGCUAUGUGGCUUAUGCUUCAACGUGAUACACCGGAGGAUUUCGUUAUUGCAUCUGGGGAAAAGCAUUCUGUUCGUGAAUUUACCAAUUUGGCUUUUGAACAUGUUGGAAUCCAUUUAACAUGGAAAGGAACCGGUCUUAAUGAAGUUGGUGUUGAUUCAGAAUCAGGAAAUGUACUUGUUCGUGUCAAUGAACGUUACUUCCGUCCUGCAGAAGUAGAUCUUUUAUUAGGGGAUUGCACUCGAGCGAAAGAAUUAUUGAAAUGGAAGCCAACUUGUGGUUUUACAGAACUUGUUAAGCUGAUGGUGGAUGAAGAUAUGAAAUUACUGGAAUCCGGUAAAACUCCCGUUUAA